CUUUCGGAGAACACGCAUGUAAAGCUCGCUAAAGAUGGAGAGCGGGGCUGCGCGGGGCUGCAAACAGUCUCUUAAUUCGGCUUUUUUAGUAUCUCAAACAUCGUCCUGAGACACCGAAAAUGAAGUGUCCAAAUCCAGAGUGUAAAAACACUUUUCUCGGAGAAGACCACGCUUUCUGCUUUCAAUGUGGCUGCAAAAUAUUGAAGGUAACAGAAGAACCGAGUUCACCAUGUUCACCGUCAGUUGACGACAACAACAAGACACCCCCAACGAAUGUAGAAGACUCUGAUGUUCAGGAAGACACAGACGUUUCACUUGAUGGAGUACAAAGGAAAAGAAAGGAUGAAGGUGAACUAGAACGAAAACCAGCAAAACGGAAGUCUGCUGGAAAUGAAGAUGAUUCAAUUCCUGGUGGAGUUGAUGAGGUGGUAGCAAAUGCUUUACAGAACCUUCAACUGGCAAAUGAUGUACUUGAAGUGCAGCAGAAUACAGUUCCUGGUACGCCAUCAGAAUUAGUACCAACUACUGAACACACCAAGGCAUCAGACCCUAUGUCAGAGCAAACAUCCAACACUGAGUAUCAGCCUACAGGUAGAGCUAAAUGUAAUUGUCUCUAUAUGUAUGCAUUAUUUAUUGUUUAACAUGCUUGUAAUUAGCUAUAACCUGAUUUAUCAGUUGGUAGUCAGGAUGCCUUGGUCCUUUGCCAAAAUGUGGUUGUGUGAGAUUGUAUUCAUUCAAAAGUUCAAACGUGCAAAUAUGUAGUAUUUUAAUGUUCUGGAAGUAAUGACCCUUGUUACUAAUGGUUACUUGGGGAUUUAGCAUGCUUUUUUUUCCUUACCUACAAAGGGUUGGGGGAUUGGGGGGGGGGGGGGGGGCUUAACUUUCAGGUAGUUGAAAUGUAGAGUCAUGUCUACCAUGAAUGUUUGUCUAAUCCUUAUGUUCUUCAAGUUACGUGUUUUGAAUUUGCUAUUUUCAAUGGAGGAUUAUCACUUAUAAUAAUUAUAUGACUUACAAUUUUUGUAAAUGUUAGUUACAUUAGCCAUCUUAUAUUUUUGUAUUUUUAGCACAUUUUAUGCUUUUUAUAGAUCUUUGUUUUAGUUUGUUUGCUCAGGGCUCG